AUGCGCCAGUGGCACCAGGAGAUCUACGAUGCCGCCGAUCGUCUUACACGGGAACUCGAGAGAUCGGCUGACAGGCCAGUUCUGUCUGGUGACCUUCGUUUGGAGUUUGGUAUUAUUCAAGACAGGCUAAUCGUCGACGACGAGCAAAUGGUCGAUGACGAGCACUCCGUAUGUGCUGAAUUUUUCCGCCCCGACACUCCUCACGUAGCUGCACGACGCGCGCAAAGGUGGAAUGAGGUCAACAGGUGGCCAUCACCGGAUCCGAAUAGGCCAGAAAUCAUUGAAUCCUGGAAUGGUUGCCCGAUCCGAACAAACAUACCACUAUUCGACGAUAUCGAAGACAAUUUUCACAGAUGUUUGAUGCUGGUGGAUUGGGACAUUGAAGAAGAGAGAGGAGGAGGGGGAGGAGGAGGAGGAAGAGCAGGAAGAGCACGCUUUAGCCUCGAUGGUGGGCCAGAGCAUCUCUGCUGGGUCAAGAUGGAUCUUCCAGUCAGGACUGACUUGUCUACAUACAAUGUAGAGCCGAUUCCCCGUAGGUUCCACCAUCGAUUUCUAUUAUACGACUGGCGAGUGAGCCUGACGUUUUCAAUGUCAAAAGAGCGUGGUAGUUCUGAAGUACCCCACUCAAUACUGAUUAACUCUGAUACGAUUACGCCUCCUGGUAAUCUCUUAUUGAGGAGCGAGGUGCUACUGGCUGCAAAGGUACUGAGAGAGAGCAUGGUACAAGUGUGUUGGAUCGAACAUGCUACUUACCCCGCAGGUGCUUCUACCAACAUUUGA